GUGACAGUGGCAGCAAGCCGCGCAAAGCGAAGUCUUCCGAGCCGGAUGUCGCUAGCAAACGUGGGAAGAAUAGUUUUGCCUUGUUGCAUGGCCUGACGCAGGAGAAACUCAAGUCAUGGCAAGGGCAUGCUUUGAUGGGCUCCUGCGUGCCGCAAGAUGUCAAGCAGACUUUGCCAUGUGACGUGCAGCAAUCUUUGAAAGAGACCUGGCUUGCUGUCUCUGAGUCAGGAAUGACCUGUAUAGCCUGCAAGCGGGCGAACUUGACUGGGGCAUGGGCUGAAGGAACAGCUGGUGCUGAUGUUCAAGAUCUACGCGCCUGGUACCUGACCAAGCACAACCAGUCAAAGGCCCAUGGCCGGGCAGUGCAGCAGUAUUUGAACCUAGGUGUGGGCCCCGUUGGGGCGCCCGACCUGUCUGAGUUCGAGUCAAUGCUGAAGUCUGCUCAAGAGGGCGAUUCUCUCCGCAAGAUCAACCCGUUCAAGGCAAUGUCCGACAAGACCGCGCUUAUGAUGUGGGUGCUGCAGGAAGCCCUCUUGAACUUCAUCAGAAAGGAUUUAAUGCAGGCAGAGACGAUCUCACUGAUGAGAGACGCGAGGCGACAGCGCCUUCUCAUACGGUAUGGGCUCUGCAAAACCAAUUUUGAAGUUUGUUCUGGCAUCUUAGGUGUUGCCCGCGACUUUGGGGACACUGGCGGCGACAUUGUCAGGGCCACCCGCCACAUUCUGAAACGAGUCUGCACGGAGUACGCCUGCCCGCCAAGAUGGUACAGAGGCCCUGAGAGUCGAUUUCUGAAAGACGUUUACAAUCACGCCAGGGAAGCAAUUGAGCUCAUAACCACUGACGCCGCGUCCAACGAGAUUCUUGCCAGCAACGUCGGCGCUGGAAGGAGGAGUUCUCUGGUGGAGUCGGAUAACAGUGACGAAGCGCGGCUGACACCCAAUUUGAAAAUGAUUGGGCGUGACAAGGCCCAUUCCUUCAGGAGGCUGAUGACCCGACCUUACCAGUGCGACGAGUACUUGGACGAGUUACUCAACGACUUUGUCCAUGACAAGUCUUCAAUGUGUCAGAAGAUCCAGCACAGCUUCAAUCUCAAGACCAUCUUUCAGGAGCAGGUCGUGAAGCAGGAGGCCAAGUGGGGCCAGAAGAUCAAGAACUUGCGGGCAGCGAAGCACAGAUUUGAAAGUCUUGCGGCGCCCAUGGGCCGGAUCCUCCUCUACUUACCAGCGUUUCUUGCUACCUGCGCACAAAUCUGUGAGCAGCGGCUGGCUGCGGGGCCCCGAGCCGAGGCAUUUCUGAACAGCUUGACUGCAGAGCGGCUUCUUCAAGCCGGUCUUCUAGCCGACGGGAUGGACGAGGCCAUGCUACUCAUCCGUAGCGUUGAUGUAGAAGAGGUCGACGUGUCCGCCAUCCCGUUGCUUGUCCAGUCCUUUGUUGACAGGUUGCAUGCCUUGUUUGGCCCAGACCGGUGCGCGCUAAAGUGUCCUGGCUACACUUCCCACGUUGUGGAUACAAAGUGCUGGUCAAGCAGCGCCGUCGCGCUGAUGAAGCUGCUGCGCGUCAUCACCAUGUCCUGCAGUGGGACAGUUUGUCAGGCCUAUCCUACUGGAUGA